AAAACGAACUCCCCUCCAAAUCCAACCACCGCGAUGCUACCGGCGCCACCGCAUUAACUACAAUGUCGGCCUCCAGCAAGCAGGCUCGCGACCUGAAGCACCGCGUGCUCACGUGCCUCCACAAGCUCUCCGACCGAGACACCCACGCCGCCGCCGCCGCGGAGCUCGAGUCCAUCGCCCGGAGCCUCCCCGCCGAAUCCCUCCCCUCCUUCAUCUCCUCCAUCUCCGCCACCGACUCCUCCGACAAGUCCCCCGUCCGCCGCCACUGCCUCCGCCUGUUUUCCGUCCUCGCCGCCCACCACGGCGCCGCCCUCUCCCCCCACCUCUCCAAAAUCCUCUCCGCCGUCGCCCGCCGCCUCCGCGACCCGGACUCCUCCGUCCGCGCCGCCUGCGUCGCCGCCUCCCUCUCCCUAGCUUCUCACCUCGCAUUCAGCUCCGUCGCGAAGCCAUUCGUCGAGGCCCUCUUCGCGGAGCAGGAGGGAAACGCCCAAAACGGCGCCGCAUUGUGCCUCGCCGCGGUGGUUGAGGGCUCCGGCAGCCCCGACGUGGGGAGCCUCCGCAAGCUGCUGCCGCGGCUUGAGAAGCUCGCGAAAUGCGAGAGCUUCAAGGCGAAAGGCGCUAUCUUGGCGUUGUUGGGGAGCCUUGUGGAGGUUGAGGGAGUGCUCGGAGGGAGGAAUGCGAUGAGGAAUCUCAUCGGAAGUUUGGUGGAGUUCUUGAGCAGCGAGGAUUGGGCGGCAAGGAAGGCUGCUGCGGAGGCGCUGACGAAAAUGGCGGCGGUGGAGAGAGAUGCGCUCUCCGAAUAUAAAGCUUCUUGCUUGAAGACUUUUGAAGCUAAGCGAUUCGACAAGGUGAAGGCUGCGAGGGAGACGAUGAACCAAAUGAUGGAAGCUUGGAAGGAGAUUCCUGAUCUAACAGAUGAGGUUUCACCUAAAGGUAUGAUUUUGAACGUUGCAGAAACUGCUCCUGGCUCAAAAACUGGCAUUAGCCAACCAUCUUCACAAGUGAAGAAAAUUAGCCCGCAUGGCUCUCCUGCUUCUGCAGCAAGGAGAAGGAGUUCUGUUGGAAGCAAUGGGAACAGAACUAGUCCUCCAAUGUUCCGAAAAUUGGAUAGCAAGAAGCCCUCCAACACAAAAGUAGACGCUGCGGCUGCUCCUACUAGCUCUUCUGCCACGUCGGUUUCUGGAGGUAAGCAGGGUGGAGAGGAGGGGGGACGGUUUGAGAACCAGGAAAUCAGACGGGCUCUGUUCGAAGAGAGCUACGAGAAGCAGAAUCAUAGGGUUGUAGUUAGUAAUGAAACUGAAGAUGUGUGUAGGAUUCAGAGAGACUGUGAAGGCCUGUCUCUGAUCAGGAAGCAGCUUGUUCAGAUUGAAAUUCAGCAGUCAAAUUUGUUGGAAAUUCUUCAGAGAUUUACUGAGAGCUCACAGAGAGGUAUUCAUUCACUGGAGGCGCGUGUGCACGGUAUAGAGCUCGCACUGGAUGAGAUCUCGUUUGAUCUAGCCGUCUCCACUGGAAAGAUGUCGACAACUGGAGCUUCUUGCUGUUCGUUGCCCGGUGCAGAUUUCCUCAACCUGAAGAUGCGGAAAAAGACACAAGCUGGGCCUCAAGCUUCUUCCCAGUUGCGUGGAACCCAACCAUCGGUUGGGGCAGCUGGCAGCGUUCCUGGCAAGAACGAAGAUGGUUGCGGAGGGUUUCUGUUGCAGAACCGGAGGCGUCCCCUCCGUGGGGGCGGUGGGGUUAUAGUGAUGAACCCACUGGCUGAAAUCCCUCUUCAACAAGUUUCGGUGAAGGGUCAUGCUUGAUUGAGGAGGAUCUUCAGACAUCAUUCUUUGUUACCAACUAUACAUGUCUGAAAAGUUGACAACCUUAAUAUAGUGGUGGCUGAGAGUUCUGAUCUCUGUUUGUCUCCUUAUCAUCAAUUUGUUGAGAGAAGGGAUUAGGGUUAGACUGACGACGAUUGCUCCAGCAGCAGAUGGCUGGAAAAGUUGUAGAGUGGAUGCAAAAUGUAAUUCGUUUUCAUAUGUAGUGAUAAUAACUGUCUUGAUUUA